AUGCUUGCGCACGACACCACCGUUCUCUUCAGCCACUUUCUACUUGCGCACACCGCACAGAGCCCCCUCGAAACCCCCGCUGGCAACGACAAGACGAAGGGGAGACUAGCACAGCAGAGAGGCCGACUGGGUAUACGAGAGAGCGGCGAAGAAGUCCACAAACCAGUAAACAAGGAACAAGAGCGUUCCCCGCGGUGCCUCUCCUUCAUCCCCCACAUCCCUCCGCCAUUCCGCGAUGUCCCCGCCCCCAGUACCCACUCCUCUCGUGCGCGACCUGCCACCAUCCUGCCUCUCCCUGAGGAAGACGAAGUUGGAGGGAUGAAAAGAGGAGACAACAGGAUGGAGGAAUACGAAUGGGACACGAACGAAAGGGAUACAUCGGGUUGCACAUGCAAACGCAAACGGCGGAUGGACGAACGAAGGUACGAAGAGGAACGAAAAGAAAUGGAGACCCACCUGCUGCAUGCACACGCACGGACGCACUCCCCGCCUUCACUCCCAUCCCACCUUCACUUCCAUCCGCCGUCCCAUUGA